AGGACCUGAUCCUCUGGACUACGUUAGCAUGUACAGAAACCUGGGAAACCCAGCGCUGAAUGUUCCCGAGCACUGGCACUACGUCAGCUUUGGGUUAAGUGACUUGUACGGAGACAACAGAGUACAUGAGUUUACGGGAACAGAUGGACCAAGUGGUUUUGGAUUUGAGCUGACGUUUCGACUAAAGAGAGAAACGGGGGAGUCGGCACCACCUACCUGGCCAGCAGAGUUAAUGCAAGGCUUAGCCAGAUACGUCUUCCAGUCAGAAAACACCUUCUGCAGUGGUGACCAUGUAUCGUGGCACAGCCCUUUGGACAACAGUGAAUCUAGAAUCCAGCAUAUGUUACUGACAGAAGACCCUCAGAUGCAGCCGGUGCAGACUCCUUUUGGGGUGGUUACUUUCCUACAGAUUGUUGGAGUUUGCACUGAGGAACUGCAUGCGGCUCAGCAGUGGAACGGGCAAGGGAUCUUGGAACUGCUUCGGACUGUCCCGGUAGCUGGAGGCCCCUGGUUGAUAACGGAUAUGCGAAGAGGAGAGACAAUAUUUGAGAUUGAUCCACAUCUGCAAGAGAGAGUCGACAAAGGGAUUGAGACAGAUGGCUCAAACCUGAGCGGAGUGAGUGCCAAAUGUGCCUGGGAUGAUCUCAGCCGGCCCCCAGAGGAUGACGAAGACAGCAGGAGCAUUUGCAUUGGGACCCAGCCGCGGCGGCUCUCCGGGAAAGAUACGGAGCAAAUCAGGGAGACUUUGCGAAGAGGGCUUGAGAUUAACAGCAAACCUGUUCUACCUCCAAUAAAUGCACAAAGACAGAAUGGGUUGAACCAUGACCGAGCACCAAGCCGUAAGGACAGUUUAGAAAGCGAGAGUUCAGCAGCUAUCAUUCCUCAUGAGCUAAUCCGCACGAGACAGCUGGAGAGCGUACACCUGAAAUUUAACCAGGAGUCCGGAGCUCUCAUUCCCCUCUGUCUAAGGGGAAGGCUCUUACAUGGACGGCACUUUACAUAUAAAAGUAUUACGGGGGAUACAGCAAUCACGUUUGUAUCAACAGGAGUAGAAGGAGCCUUUGCUACAGAAGAGCACCCCUAUGCAGCACACGGACCUUGGUUACAAAUCCUAUUGACCGAAGAGUUCGUAGAGAGAAUGCUGGAAGAUUUAGAAGAUCUGAAUUCUCCAGAGGAAUUUAAACUUCCAAAGGAGUACAGCUGGCCUGAAAAGAAACUGAAAGUUUCCAUCUUGCCAGAUGCUGUGUUCGACAACCCACUGCAUUAGAGCUGAAUUACACCCUUCUAACAACUGGGAGAGCCAAGUUACUGUCCAUUACCCAGUGACUCACAGGAUAAUUAAUGCAGUAAAAACUCUGCCUGCAAAUAAGAGUUUGCUGCACAACCACUGCAAACAGAAGAGGAGCUACUCAGCACCAGCCCAGACCGAACUGAGCCCUUUCCUUUAUCCUUCCCAAGGCUGAGCUCUCUGGGAACAGUCUGCGUAUGUGUGAGUGCGAGUGAGAAAUAUUUAACUAUGAAAAUUAGUAGUAAGAAUCCUUUCUCUCUCCUAGCUACAGAACUCCCCUCUGCCUUAGCCCAGGGUGUAGACGCUCUGCACGCCUGUAUUUACACAUGCAUUUCUGCCAGGUGCGAGCCUAUAAUCCAUGGAUUAAAUGUUCUUUACGUGACU